GAACCCCAAAGCAGCACACCCGCCUGGCCCAUCUCCUCCUUGUCCCCGACGUCGCCUCUGGUUCUACUCCCACUACUCGCCGCCGCCCCCACCACCCCCAACACCAUGUACGGCGGCGGCGGCGGCUUCAGCGCGCCCUCCGCUGCCCGGGGCCGGGGCCGCAACCAGAACGAGGACGAGGACGAGGAAGAGGAGGAGGGCGGCGAGGGCCGCGUCCUGGAGGCGUGGGAGCGCGCGUACGCGGACGACCGGUCGUGGGAGGCGCUGCAGGAGGACGAGUCCGGCAUCCUCCGCUCCAUCGACACCAAGACCCUCGUCCACUCGCAGUACCGCCGACGCCUCCUCCUCCGGUCGGCGGCCGCGGCGGCGGCCCGCAUCCAGAAGGGACUCAUCCGCUACCUCUAUAUCGUCAUCGACCUCUCCCGGGCAGCUUCAGAGACGGACUAUCGUCCUAAUCGAAUGGCUGUUGUUGCAAAACAUGCUGAGGCUUUCAUAAGAGAAUUCUUUGACCAGAAUCCCUUGAGCCAUGUUGGCCUAGUGACGAUUAAAGAUGGUAUUUCUCAUCGACUUACAGACAUUGGAGGGAGCCCAGAAUCACAGAUUAAGGCAUUGAUGGGGAAGCUCGAGUGUUCUGGUGAUUCAUCUCUGCAGAAUGCUCUAGAACUUGUCCAUGGUUAUUUAGAUCAAGUCCCGUCGUAUGGCCACAAGGAAGUCUUAAUUUUGUACUCCGCCCUAAAUACAUGUGAUCCUGGUGAUAUCAUGGCGACAAUAGAAAAAUGUAAACAAAACAAAAUUAGAUGCUCCGUUAUUGGUCUUGCUGCAGAGAUCUUCAUUUGCAAACAUCUCUGUGAAGAGACUGGUGGAUCCUAUACGGUUGCGCUGGAUGAGUCUCAUUUUAAAGAAUUGCUGCUGGAACAUGCUCCCCCACCUCCUGCAAUAGCGGAGUAUGCUUCAGCUAAUUUGAUUAAGAUGGGUUUUCCACAGAGGGGUGCUGAGGAUCUUAUCUCUAUUUGCUCUUGUCACAAGAAAAUAAAGUCUGGGGCUGAAGGUUAUAUAUGUCCUAGAUGCAAAGUUAAUGUGUGUGAGCUUCCAACAGAAUGUCGAACUUGUGGUCUAACACUAGUUAGUUCUCCACACCUGGCAAGGUCAUAUCAUCAUCUCUUCCCAGUAACACCGUUUGAUGAGGUGUCCUCUGUUCCAAAUAGAGGCCAAAAGGGAGGACAAAGUUGCUUCGGCUGCCAGCAGAGCCUUUUAAACCCUGAUGGCCAAUCUAGCCUCCAUGUACGCUGCCCAAAAUGCAACCAGCACUUCUGCCUUGAUUGUGAUAUUUACAUCCACGAGAGCUUGCACAAUUGCCCUGGUUGUGAGAGUCAGCGCAGUUUAGCGUCAUAGAGACGCCAGUGUGUGCAUUAUUCAGGUGUUGUACCUUUUUUGAGUCAGCUUGUUACUGUAUCGGUGGCAGAGUUGUUUGAUGAUCAAACGGUGUACAGAUAAUAUAAUGCCCUGCAUCCUUUUGUUGA